AUGUCGCUGGCAAGAGGGAAGACCGCCACCUCCGCAACCAAAGGCUUGCUGGACAAGGACGUGGAACUUCCCAAAGGCCCGCAGGACUCGGUCUCGGCGCUGCGCUGGUCGCCGGUGGCUGAUCACUUGGCGGUCGCGUCGUGGGAUGGCAGGGUCUACAUUUAUGAUGCGACGAACUCGACCUCAACCGACACCAUCAAGGGUGUCGCCGCCUUCACCGCCGGCGCGCCCUGUCUCGACUGCGAUUUCAGCAAGGACGGAACAAUGGCCGCCGGCGCUGCGGCCGACAAGAAGAUCCACGUCAUGCACCUCCAGUCGGGCCAGACCCUGACACUCGAGGGUCACACUGCGCCCGUCCGUGCUGUGCGCUUCGUCGACGUCCCCUCCGCCAACGCGCCCAUCAUCGCCUCGGGCUCUUGGGACAAGACGGUGCGCUACUGGGACCUUCGCCAGCCUCAGCCCGUCGCCACGCUUCAGCUCCCGGAGCGUGUCUACGCCAUGGACGCCGCCGGCCCGCACCUCGUUGCUGUUGCCGCGGACCACCACCUCCAUUUCGCCAACCUCCACACCAACCCGGUUCAGGUGUGGAAAUCGCUCAAGUCACCGCUCUCCGCCCAGACUCGCUGCGUCUCGCUCUGCGCGGGGGGCACCCGUUGGGCAGUUGGCAGCAUUGAGGGCCGAGUUGCGGCCCAAGUCGUUGAGGAGAAAGACAAGAGCCUUGCCUCUCUCACAUUCAAGUGCCACCGCGAACCGUCGCCCACGACCAAGAACCAAACCGACGUCUACGCUGUCAACGCCAUCUGCUACUCUCCCAGCCACAAGGACGUGGUCGCCACGGCCGGGUCCGAUUCCAAUUGUGUCAUCUGGGAUGUCCACACCCGCACUCGCCUGCGUACCUUGCCCAAGGCCAGCGGGCCCAUCACGGCUCUCUCAUUCAAUCGCGACGGGUUCACGCUGGCCUUCGCGGCCGGCUACGAUUGGUCGAAGGGGUACAUGCACCACAAGCCGGGGACGGAGAAGAUUGUCCUGCAUCGCUUUGCGGAGGCUCUGAAGUAGGGAGGAGGGUUAGGUUGUGCUGAAUCGGUAAAUGUAUUUCUGCGGAGGAUUCAGGGGACAUGGUAUUCUGAGCCAGGUGGGUUCGGGGACCCAGCCUGGCGGGGGAGGAUGAGGAGCAUAAACUGCUCGACGAGAGGAUAAACUGCUCUACGAACGGCCUCGGGUACUUGAUGAGGAGGGCGCUGAUAUUUGUUGUGGGAUUCGCAAGGACCUGUCGAGAAGGGAGGAAGAUGGGGCGUUCUGGGAGGAUGACAUAGCGUCUUCGACGCUUCUACUGCUGAGAUUGGAGGUGAUGGUUAUGUGAGCAUGCUGCGCACAGCUUGGGAUGAUCCAGAUUGGUACUGAGUGGGUUGGCAUGCACAGUUGGUCUCUUAUUUGCCAGUAUGGCUAUAGGCGGUAUGGCUGGGAUGAGCAAGCACAACAAUAUACAUUAUGGG